AUGGGGACACUGGGGUGGCCUGAGGUCCAGCAAGCCAGCCUGAUGACAACAAGUUUCCUUGGCAGUGCCCUCCGGGGCACCUUCUUCUUCAUUUUUGGUCUCUGGUGGUCUGUGAAAUACCCUCUGAGGUAUCUCAGGAGGAAAACCAAUGGUGAGAGCCAGCUGAGCUAUGGGGUCCAGCGUGUGGAAGUCUUUGAAGGGGCAGUCAAAGCUUUCUUUGCUCUGACAGGGAUACUGGUGGAGCAGUUUGUUCCCACUGGUCCUCACCUGCAGCUGUACAGCCCCAAGACACGCAGCUGGACAGACCUCACCCACUGGCACUACACCACCAUGUACCUCUUCUUCCUCCUCUCUGGCAUGGUGGACAUCAUCUCACACUCCCCACUCAAGCUGCCCCUUGGCUUAGACCGACUGUCGCUGGCCGUGGCUCUGCUCAUCGAAGGUUUGCUCUUCUGUUUCCAUGACAACACUGAUGCUGCACUGGAUCACCAUGUCCAUUCCCUGCUGACCAUGGCCAUCUUUGCUGGAGCCCUCUGUGUCCUACUGGAGGUGUUCCUCCGAGACCACAUCAUCCUGGAGAUCUUCAGGACCAGCUCCUUUCUUCUCCAGGGCUCUUGGCUUUGGCAGAUUGGGUUUGUGCUGUCCCCUCCAUGGGGAGGAGAAGGCUGGGAUCAGACUGACCACAGCAACUUCACAUUGCUGACCAUGUGCUUCUGCUGGCACUACGUGGGUGCUCUCGCCGUGCUGGCAGCCAACGCUGCUGCAUCUCGCUGCUGCAAUGAGUCCUGCCAGCUGAAGUUUGGGGACAUCGACGUGGAGCUGGACUGCGGCAUGUGCAUCCGCAAAGGCAUCAAGAGCUCCGACAGCACCCUGCUGCCAGAGAGCCCCUCAGAUGACAAAUGA